AUGAAAUCCUGGAGAUACUCCAAAGGCGUCACAGCUAAGACCCUAACUGGAAAGCUUGAGGACCAUAUAUCUCUUAGCAAUAUCACACGAUCGCCUACGAAAGAUUCAUUAGCCCGGGACCAAGUCAUCAUACGAGUUCUAUAUGCGACCCUAAACCCCGCCGAUUAUAAAAUACCGGAAUCCGACUGGUUCGGUCGCUCUUUUGGCCUUGGCAACGGUGCACAACCAGGGAUGGACUUCAGCGGACACGUGGUGGCUAAACAUGACUCGAAUACGAAAUAUAAAGAGGGAAACCUAGUGUUUGGGUCACUGAAGAAGGCUUCGCAAUAUGGUACCUUGGGCGAGUUCACGGUUGCCUCAGUUUCAGAGCUCGCCAUCGUGCCUGAGGGUGUUACGCCUAUGGAGGCUGCAGCAAUAGGAAUGAGUGCGGGCACUGCAUGGAACUCGCUUGUCAGCCUUACCAGGGAGAGUGGUGCCCAUGUAUUCAUUAAUGGGGGUAGCGGUGGCGUCGGGGCCUACACUAUUCAGCUGGCAAAGUCUAUGGGCGCCGAGGUGACCGCCACCUGCUCGACUCGGAAUGUCGGUUUGGUCUCAGGCCUCGGGGCCGACCAUGUCAUUGACUAUAAGAAAACCAACCUGCUGGAGGAGCUCCAGGCCCUUGGGCCACAGUUCGAUCUAGUAGUUGACAAUGUAGGGGAACCACACGACUUGUACCACCAUUCACCAGGAUUUCUCAAAGUCAAUGGCACAUUUGUUCAGGUCGCCGCAACUCCCACCGCGACUGGUACUGGCCAAAUAUUUUCUAAUCUGAUCAAAUCGAGGCUCCCGGGCUAUCGCAACUUUCAUUUUGUCACUGAUAAAGGAAAGCGUGUGAUUCCUGCCGAGACCGGAAACUAG